GACAUCAAUAAAUGCAGGACUGUGUUCGGUGGACUCGAGUCAAGAUCUCUUGAUUUGUUUUGUGAAAACGAUUGUAGUUUGAACUGCUGUUAGUAUAUUUUAAUUUAUUAUAGUGAACAAUGAGCAUCGCUGCGUUGUUACAAGCCGCGGAGUACCUAGAAAGACGAGAAAGAGAAGCCGAACAUGGAUACGCCUCGACUCUUCCCCCUGAUGAUCUCAGAAGCUUUAGUAAAAGACCAAAGACAAAGAAAACUCAAGGAAACAGGACAACACAUAAUGAACUGGAAAAGAAUAGACGUGCACAUCUUCGAAACUGUUUGGAAAAGCUGAAAGAAAUGGUUCCGCUUGGGCAUGAAGCGUCAAGACACACAACAUUAGGAUUACUUACAAAGGCAAAAAGGUUUAUAAAGAAUCUUGAAAACCAAGAGAGAAAGCAUGCAAUUCAGAAGGAGCACCUGAGUCGAGAACAAAGGUACCUGAGAAGGCGGCUUGAACAAUUGGGUUCUCUCUACACAAAAAGACGAUCUGUUUCUGAGUGUUCUAUUUCUACAGUGUCAAGUACAAACUCAUCCAGAUCUUCUUCUUCAGUACCUGUAUCUGCCCCUUCACCCUCUUCCAUCUCUGAAUCUGAUGAAGUAGACAUCAUAGGGUACACAAGCAACCAAAGUGACACAGACGAUCACAGUACUUCUAGUGACAGUGGUGUUGCCAUGUCUACCAGCCGCCUCACUCUAUCCGAGAUGGAGAUUGUUUAGAUGUGUGAGAUAGGCGCAACAAGCUACAAGUCAGGAGAUCUGGUCAAACCCUUGGACUGGAGGCAGUAGAACCCACCAAGUACCCUGCUCUAGUCAGUCCUUCCACAAUCUUUCAAACACUUAUUUCUAAUGUUAUGUUAUAGAUGUGUGGGAUAGGCGCAACAAGCUACAAGUCAGGAGAUCUGGACAAACCCUUGGAUUGGAGGAAGUAGAACCCACCAAGCACCCUGCUCUAGUCAUUCCUUCCACAAUCUUUCACACACUUAUUUCUAAUGUUAUGUUAUAGAUGUGUGAGAUAGGCGCAACAAGCUACAAGUCAGGAUAUCUGGUCAAACCCUUGGACUGGAGGCAGUAGAACCCACCAAGUACCCUGCUCUAGUCAGUCCUUCCACAAUCUUUCCCACACUUAUUUCUAAUGUUAUGUUAUAGAUGUGUGAGAUAGGCGCAACAAGCUACAAGUCAGGAGAUCUGGUCAAACCCUUGGACUGGAGCCAGUAGAACCCACUAAGUACCCUGCUCUAGUCAGUCCUUCCACAAUCUUUCACACACUUAUUUCUAAUGUUAUGUUAUAGAUGUGUGAGAUAGGCGCAACAAGCUACAAGUCAGGAGAUCUGGUCAAACCCUUGGACUGGAGGCAGUAGAACCCACUAAGUACCCUGCUCUAGUCAGUCCUUCCACAAUCUUUCACACACUUAUUUCUAAUGUUAUGUUAUAGAUGUGUGAGAUAGGCGCAACAAGCUACAAGUCAGGAGAUCUGGUCAAACCCUUGGACUGGAGCCAGUAGAACCCACUAAGUACCCUGCUCUAGUCAGUCCUUCCACAAUCUUUCACACACUUAUUUCUAAUGUUAUGUUAUAGAUGUGUGAGAUAGGCGCAACAAGCUACAAGUCAGGAGAUCUGGUCAAACCCUUGGACUGGAGGCAGUAGAACCCACCAAGUACCCUGCUCUAGUCAGUCCCUCCACAACCUUUCACACACUUAUUUUUAAUUCUGUGUAUACAUACUUUAUUAUUUUAUGUCUUUUUCUCUCUCUAUCUCUCUCUCUCUCAGUCUGAACCUUUUAGGCAUAUAAGCACGCACUGUGUGAUUUUUAAAUCAUGCAGGUGAUGCAUUUUAGAUCUCAAUUAUUUUGAAAUUCUUACAAGUAAAAGUUAUUUGCCUAUAUAAGUUUUACCACAAUUGAGAAAGUGAUAUUGUAACCCUUGGAGUGGGUAGCAAUUAAAUAAUAAACCUAUAUUUUUACGUUUUUCGUUAGCUAGUAAUUGGGACUGAACCUAGACUUGUUAGAGUAUAAGCAUGACAAAAUAACAAUUGAUUUUUGUUUUCCAUUGUAAAGAUGCCAGAAUUGUUGUUUUCCAUUGUAAAGAUGCCAGAAAACACAACAAGCUAGGGAUGAACAUUAAGUUGGUUUCAUCUCUUAUAUGGUAUUGGUUUCAGAUUUAUCUUGGUACUUUUUCCCCCUAUAUGGAAAGUACUGUUUUUGUCAACAUUUUCGAAUUUGAGUUUUGGGUGAAUGUAUAUUUUUGGCCCCCCUGAACCUACAUACCUGCAGUCUAUAAAAUUUUCAUUUGUCUUAUUCGAUUUUUAUUAAAAUAUUUCACGUAACAUGUCAGAUGAAUGUUUAACAUUAGGUUUGGCACUACAGAUGAGGUAGCACAGUGUUUUUUAGUGAAAUAUUAAUAGCUUAGUUUGAAGUAAAUAAAAUUGCUGAAUUUGGUCAGUUCAGUUGUCUACUUUGGUAAUAUAAUAUAAUUUUUCACAAUUGACUCACCAGCAUUACAUGUGUUUAAGCAACAAAUACAUUUUAUGGCACAAGACAAUAAUUUGUAAAUAAGGUUUUCCGGCAAAAAGUAUAUACUCACUGCUACUUUUCUGAAUGAUCAAUUUUCUGAAUGGCGUAAAUAUUUUUACCUAAGACCGUUUUUUAAACUAGCUAUUUCAGUUCAGUUCUUGGAAUUGAAAAGAUUCAUUUAACAACAUUGUUGUUUUUACUUUAGAACGAGUAACAGACCAAUGAGGUUCAAAUAUUGAAAGAAAAGAAGUAAUAUUGUAAUACUUUGAUAGUUAACUUAUCAACUGUUAAGACCAAUUUAAUUGAUAAAACAAUGAGUCUUAACAACACCCGUAGAAGUUAUAAAGGCACUCGCCAAGGCUUGUACCUUAAAUUUUCUACUGGUGUCAAUAAGACUAGGCUAUCCUUACGCGAUCUUUGCGUAAACUACUUUUAAAAGAAGUAGUUUUUCUGUUUGUAUUUUUUUAAUAUGUAUAAAGUACAUAUUUAAAUGUUUACAUGAGGGAUUGUUCUAAACCAUUGUUUGAAUUUCACAGCUAGUUUUCUAGGUACUUUUUUACAGCAGAACCUCGAUAAUAAGGCCCUCUACAACAACUAUUUUCUAUUUCAAAUCCCCUUGAACUUAUUUUACCCCUAAUGACAUGUUAUUGAAAAAAACUCAAUAAGAAGUCAACCUUGAUAACAAGUCUAGUUUCAUAAUCCCCAAGAGAGUCUUGUUAUAGAGGUUCUACUGUACACUGUAACACCUAUAGCCAGUGACUACCUGGUUCUAUUCAUGCCACCUAAAAUGGGGUAAGGGGCAUAAAGAACAUGCACAGUACACAUGUACAACAGCUAAUGAAAGAGUUGCCUUUCCAAUUAAUUAUGUCCCUUACUGAAAACCAUUCUAUUAAAUGUUAUUAGUGCCCUUGCAUAGACCAGAGCCAGCAACCAUAAAAGUGACAUAAUUUGCUCACUACAGAUGACUGGUACACACAUAUGAUGGAAAUGAUGAUACUUUAAUAGUCAAUCACAAAGACUUGAGUCGUAUCACUUAAAAACCUUAACAAUUAUUGUUAAAUAGUCAACAAACCAUCCCAUCAGAAUAGCAUUUUAAUCAUUAGUGUAUUCGUACAUUUUUCAGUUUGAAAACGCUCACCAUCGUCUGAUAACUGACUAACAUAUAGGAUUAUUGGAAAAACAUAGUGGGAUGCCGUUUCCGCCCCACUACAACACUGAUUUGAAUAGUUUCUUAUAUAACCAAUAAUCCAGUAACGGUUAAAAAAAUUGACUAAAAUUGCUAAUUUUAUUAAUUUUAUAACUGAGGUACACUAGUGUUCCGUUGAUCCGAAUGUCCGGCUAAUCCAAACCACCUGUUGGAGAAUAAAGGAUACUGUACCUAUUUAAAAUAUACACCCACCACAGAAAUUCUGCAGACUGAGUGGACUCCCAUUUAUUAGAUUAGAUAUUUAGUUUUGUCAAAUUAGUUUUUUUUUUAUUCAAUUUCACUGCAUUUCCAGCACAAGAUCUUCCAAGCAAUGUCAGGUCCAGUCUCAACGAGUUUUGAUUUGCUAAUUGUAAUUAACACUCUUUUAACUAUACUUACUUGGGACCCUUAGUAUUUCAUCACUAGGGCUUUUCGACCUGAGCUCAAGUUUUACGAUCGAGGCGAAACCGAUAUCAGAACAUGCGCUAGGGUUGAAAAGACAUUUAGCUUGUGCGAUGAACUAUAUUUUUGUCAUAUUGCACAAUUAUUUUAGUUACUUUUAUUACAAAUUUACAUAGCUCAGAUUUAGAAUUAAAAACUGCUGUUUUUACUGCAGUAUGACAAAAAAUGGGUUUUUUCUAAUAGUAAAAAAUGUCAAGUAUCAAGAUUUAAUUUGUUCCGGAUACAAAUUAAUCAUUCAAUAAUUCAUACAUAUUUUCAUAAGCUCACUAGGCACAAGCUCUUUUUUGAUCAAAUGAAUAUUGUAUAAAUUUAUUAAUAUCAAAUUUAAAUAAAUAGUCUAAUCUUUUGGUUGCUGGUUCUUGGACUCUGUGUGUUUAUCACCUAACAAUUGAUUUUUUAUUUCUAGUCGUUGUGUAUACCAUGGUAUGAGUCUGACUUCAGGCUGAGAGAGGAGAUACAGUUAAGAUCUUUACUGACAUAAUAUUGUAGCUUGUCGAUGUCUUUCACUCCAAAUGUUUGUAUGUUUAGUUGUGGGGCAAUGAUUUAAAAGUCUGAUAUUUGCCACAGGAGAAAAAAUCUCAGCUGAGGCCAACCAUUUUAGAAAGGAGUUAUUGUAAAGAAACUAAAACCACAAGUAUUAAAAAAAUUUAUGGAAUAUCAAUAUAUAUAUAUAUUAUAUAUUUACAAUUAAUUUAUUUGUAUGUUUUGAGCGAGAGAAGAGUUUAAGAAUGGAAGUACAAUCUACCAAGACAAUUCAUUUGUCUUAAAAAUAGCUCUAUUGAAGUUAAUUUUUUACUUCACUAAUUUAUGCAUAUGGUUUGCCUGGAAUUUUUACUAUGGGCCACAAAAAUGUGUAUUGAAGUAUUUUUUUAUAACAUCCUUGUUUUCAUUUUGACUGUCGUAAAAAUAAUUACGUUAUAUUCAAUUGGUUUUCUGAAGUUAAAUUUAUUGAGCAGAAAUGUGUCACAACUUAAGUAAAACAACUCAAUUUCAACAACUCUCUUCACGUGCAUGUGUGAAAAUGUUUGUGUUAACCAUAAUUUAUCCAUUCCAAUGAUUGAAGAUUAAGAUAGUUGUAGCCUUACAUAUUUUGUGUAGUAUUCUUACCGACAUCACAAUCGGUUUUUUAUAAGCCAGACAAUUUAAUUUUGAUUUUUUAAUAAAAUUUGUUGAAGUUAGUUUUAGUUGUAACUAUCGGAUUGAUGCUAGAUUCUACAUUUGCCGUGGGAUAUCAAAGGGCAGUGGUACUUGUGGGUACCAGAUCUCAAUCAUUUUAAAGCAUUAAAAAGUACAAAUUGUUUGUGAACCAUAAGUCCCUCGGGAUACUUAUUAUUAGUUGUAUUGUAUUGCGAGGCAUUCACUGCCACCACCCUCACCCCAUCUCUGCCCUUCACUGUAUUUUUAGGUUCUUACGUUUUAUUCCUACUAUCUAAGUUUAUUCAGAUUAAGUUUUAUUUAUUUUUUGUGUUACAGAGAAAUGCUAUUAUUUAAAGCUUUAACGUAACCUUUUAACUGUGUUAAAAGUAAAAUUCACCCUUAAUUAUUUUUUACAUUCUUGAUAACUGUUUGGAAAUAAGACAAUACAAUGACAGAAGUUUUACUUGUAUAAAGCUUUAUUUGAAAUUAAAUUUAUUUAUUUUAUAUUUCAUUGUACAAUGUUUAAAAGAUUUAUUGUAGAUUUAAAAAUAAUUUAUUGAUUAUAUAUUAUGUGUUAAUUAUUGUAUGUUAUAUAUAUAUAUUUAUAUAGAUAGGUAUAUUUGAAAAGUAAAUUGCUGUAUUUGCUUACUGAUAACAAAUGCUUUAUUAGUUUGAAAUAUAUUUUACUUCAUCUGUCAUUGGAUUGAAAUUUAUUUCAAGCUAUAAUUAAAGAAAGGUUAUGGGGAAAUGAAUAGUUAUAGAACGUGCAGCAAUAUAUCUGUAAAAAAAAUGUUGUGACUGCUCGGUUAAACAGGAGUCUUACUACCAAGUUUAAAUUACUUUUCCACUAUAAAUCUGGAAUUCUUCUAAACAUUAAAAUCUUUCACAUAACGUGCCUGUUGCUCUCUCACAUUGUAAAAAUGUAUGAGAACCCUCAAUUUAAUUAAUAAUGCAGUUUAAAGCUAUAACAAAAUUAACUUUAACUCUUAACUACCCUCUUUGAUGGUACAAGACUCUUGUCUGACCUGUUAUGAACCUUAUAUUGCAAUUUGUUUUGCUUUGUAUGGUUAGUAUUUCACUCAGCUUUUUCUAUCUCCUCUCAAUGUUCCCCAAAAAACUUACAGUACUAUCAUUGUAAAUACAUUGUUUGUAACUAAUUAUUCAUGAUUACAAUAUUGUUCUAAAAAAAGAGAAAGAGUCACACAAAUAAAAGCUCUUCAACAAAUGAAAUAAAUAAA